AAAAGAGUUAAAAUAAACUAAAUUGAAUUGAACUGAAUCGAGUGUCACAGAGGGGCAGCAUGGUGGCUUAGUGGUUAGCACUGUUGCCUCACAGCAAGAAGGUCCUGGAUUCCAGGGGCCUUCCUGUGUGGGUGUACUCUGGUUUUCUCCCACAGUCCAAAAACAUGUACAUUAGGUUGAUUAAUAAUUCUAAAUUGCCCAUAGGAGUGAGUGUGUGUGGUUGUCUGUCUAUAUGUGUGGCCCUGUGAUGGACUGGUGACCUGUCCAGGGUGUACCCCUGCCUUUCGCCCAGUGUGUGCUUGGAUAGGCUCCAGCAGAUCCCUGUGACCCUAAUUAGGAAUAAAGCGGUUAUAUAGAUUGAUGGAGUGUCUCAGAUUCUCCAGAAUGCCUAGAAAUAACGGUUUCCUUCUUCAAAAAGUGAGGCACACUAAUAUGCCAUAUAUGGACUUUGUUCGUUACUAUUUACAUCUCUUAUAUUACAUUUUCUUUCACCAAGGAAUUUGGUAGCUUAGCGGUUAAGCCAUUGGGCAACUGCUCAGAAGAUUGCAGGUUUGAAUCCCAGGUUCAUCAAGCUACCACUGCUGGGCCUCUGAGCUUGAGAACCCUUAACCAUCAAUUGCUCAGUUGUAUAAAAUGAGAUAAACUUUAAGUCACUCUGCAUAAGAGAGUCUGUUUUGAAGGAAUCUUUGAUUUACAUCCUAUAUCAUCACCUCUCAUCCUAUAAAACCAUUAAGAUAGUGGAUGGUUUUUGAAUGAUCUACUGGACACCACCUGCAUAACAAGCUUUGUGGGACAAAAUUACUGUCAAUUACUUUUUAUUCAAGGAAAAGAGCAGUAAAAUAUGGCCAUGCAUGUCUUUUCAAGACGCACAAAAUAUAACACGGAGGUUGGGGAAAAUGUUCGGCUCGGUGUUUCGACCCCUUCUCACAAAUUCAUUAAUGAGAAAUAUAAUUUUCGUAGAAUUUUCUUAUAAGAUCACACUGGAUGUCGUGUAAAAUCAUGAUUUGAGGAACUGUACAACUGUACAAUGUCUGCAUUAACAUAAAUAAUAAUAACAAUAACAAUAAUAAUUUGCUUUCAAUCAUAAAAAAAUGGUUACAGGUUUUAAGUACCUUGGCACGGAUUCACACGAAUUCUGAAAAGAAUGAAGUGAUAUCUGAUAGACUGUUUCAAAUGGAGUGUACGUGUGACACAAUUAUUGUUUAAUAUAUAUAAAUUACCUUAUCAUAACAAAAUAUUGACAUUGGCAACAAAGUAGUGCUGGUUUAUUGCAAAAUUAAUGAUGACUUUAUUUUAGCUGGAGGAGGUAUGAGAUAGCACAGGUGUGACCAGUGUAGCCACCGCCUAUGUUAUCUCAGGCUUUCUGUUAGCAUGACAAUAAGGUGAUUGGUUAGCUUUUUAACUAAUCACUCUGUCAUCUACAAACACUUCAUUUAUUAAGCAUGGUUUAGCUCCACACAUAAACACUUCUGCAGCACUAAAAGCAGCGCUGAUUGGCUGCUGUAGAGGUGGAGGAGAGAAUUUAAUACACAAAAACCCAGAACUCAACUUCAGACUUCAGAAGUGUCACAGCCCUGACACAGAAAUGGAGUUGAAAGUUCUCCAUAUUUUUGUCGCGACCCUGCUCUGUGGGCUAUGUGCUGCUGGGCCUGCAGGGAAGGAGUUUGCACUUUCCUUUAUGCAGAAUUAUCAGUAUACUGGUGUGCCACGUUUCACUGUAGAUGUCUCAAGCCCCCCAACUUCUCUCUUAAGCACAAAGGUGAAAGUAACCGCCCUGGGAAAUGUCUAUGAGGCUACUCUUCAACCUGGAAGUGGCAAGUCUUUCCUGCUUCCUGAUGGGGUAGAGAUGCUUGGAAGCUCACAAAACAGACAGACUGUCCAGGUAGAAGCUGAUCAGGACGUUCUGGUGUUGUCACUAAACUAUAAGCCCUUCACAGCCGACACUUCGGUGAUCUACCCUAUCAAAGACUGGGGGACGGAGUAUUACCUCUAUACUCCACAGAUGGGUCCGGCUGAUCAGUAUAAAGAGUUCUCCAUCACGAAUCAAGGUGUACAGAACAGCGUGGCGAUUCUGUUCAACGGCUUGGUGACGUUCGCGGGGCAGCAAUACACACGAGGUAGCACACUUGUCAUUGAUCUGCAACCGUUUGAAAGUGUGCAAAUCCAAAGUGCAGAAGAUCUGACUGGCUCCAAAGUAUCUGCCAAGCAACCAGUGGCAGUCUUCACAGGACACAGCUGUACCUGGUAUUUUACAGAUUGUAAUCAUGUGUAUGAACAACUGCUUCCCGUAAGUAGCUGGGGACAAGAGUUUAUAGUGGCAACUCUUGCAUACAAAUUACCCUCAUCCAGAUUCGAUACAGUAAUCAUUCAGGCCUCUGAGAACACUGAAAUCCAAAUAACUACUCAAGACGGCGGAGCUUCACCAAAACAAAUGGUGGCUGGAGAAACACUCUAUGUCAACCUUCCAUAUCCAAACUCUCUGCACUUAAUUGCUGAUAAAGGGGUUCAAGUGCUAUAUCAAUUUAAUGGUGGAAUCACAGAAAAGGGACAAACAAAUGACCCCUUCCUCAUCACCGUCCUGCCUGUAGACCGCUUUAGCACCUCAUAUACAUUAGAUAGUCAAGAAGGCUUUACCAAUGAAGUUAUUAUUAUAGCACAGACCAAACACUUGGGACAACUGACACUAGAUAAUAAACCACUAUCGACUGACCUUCAGUGGACUCAAGCAGGGGAAAGUGAAUACUCAUGGACACAGCUAAGUUAUGCUGAAGGAACCGGCUUCCAUCAAGUCUCCCAUCCAAACUCACCUUUCGCUAUCUACAGCUUUGGUGCAUCACCCGAAAAUGGAUAUGGAUCUCCUGCCCCGGCUAAUCCUCCAGCUAAAGUUGGUGUCUGCUGGGUCAUGGGCGAUCCACAUUACCGUACAUUUGAUGGCAGUUACUACAACUUUAUGGGCAACUGUACGUAUAUAAUGGCCAAGAACUGUGAAGUGGACAGUUUUCACCCUGCUUUUGAAAUCCAAACUGAGAAUCAACGCCUUGGCAGUGCCAAAGCCACCUCUGUCAACAAAAUCAUGGUCAGUGUCUACGGUAUAAACAUCACAAUUGUCCGCCAUGAGACUGGGAUCGUACGAAUUAGUGAUUCACUCUGGUACCUUCCAAUCUCCCUGGACAAUGGCAAAGUGACACUUCAGCAAAGUGGCCUGUCAGUUAUUAUCACAACAGACUUUGGACUGUCAGUGCAGUAUGACUGGGAUCAAUAUAUGGUGGUGAAUAUACCAGGGAGCUUCAUGGGAAGAAUGUGUGGCAUGUGUGGAAACUUCAAUGGAAAGAAGGAAGAUGACCUUACUACUCCUAGUGGCAGUGUAGCAAGCAAUAUUCCACAACUGGGAAAGAGCUGGAGAGUACCAGGUUUGCCAGGAGAUGCCUACUGCACUGAUGAUUGUGUGGGUGCGUGUGAGAGCUGUCAAGGAGAACCAUGGUAUGAACGUUGGGCUGCAAAGGCUUUCUGUCACAUGACCACCGUUCUUACUGACGGUCCAUUCCGAGAUUGCAACUCUGUCAUCGAUUCCAAGAUUUUCUAUGAAAAUUGCCUCUUCGACUACUGCAUGGGAAAAGGAUAUAAAAACUUCCUCUGUAAGACGGCAGAGAUUUAUACAGACGCUUGUCAGAGAGCUGGCAUCCAUGUAUAUAACUGGAGACACCUCAUUGGCUGCUCUAACCCUAACUGCCCGGCUAACAGCCACUUUGAGUCCUGUGCCUGUCCUGCUACCUGUGAGAAUCCCACUCCUUCUGCUUCAUGUAAAGCAAACUGUGUAGAAGCUUGCACUUGUAAUGAGGGAUACCUGUGGAGUGGAAACAAGUGUGUUCCCAAGAAUCAGUGUGGCUGUAUGUACAAAAGUGGAGGUGAUGAGCAUUACCUACAGGCUGGAGAAUCCAUCUGGGCUGAUGACAAGUGCAGCAAAAACUGCACCUGCAACCCAACAAACGGUCAAGUUGUAUGUGAAAACAGCGGCUGCCCUGGUGGAACUGAAUGCAGUGUGGUCAAUGGAAUCAGAGGCUGCCAUCCUGUACAUCAAGCCACCUGUAAUAUCUACGGAGAUCCUCACUACAACACAUUUGACAACAGCACCUUCAGCUUCCAGGGCACUUGUACGUACACUGCCGCUGAGGGCUGCCAUCUGGAGGGAACAAAACUCACACCGUUUGCAGUAAUAGUAGAAAAUGCAAAGUGGAAUGAGAUCCAAGUCAGUCCAAAUGUCUCUAUGGCCAAGAUGGUGAUUGUCCAAGUGUACGGCAUGACAUUAAUGCUGCAAAGGAAUCAACUGCAUCAGAUAAUGGUUAAUGGAAUCUUGACCAACAUUCCUGCAAGUCUGGAUAACGGAAAAGUAACGGUCCAGCAAGAAGGCCAUCAAAACGUAAUACUAACAAACUUUGGCCUGAAAGUCACCUUCAAUAUGAUUUACCAUGUCAGCAUAACAGUCCCAAGCAGCUAUUCAGGAAAGACCUGUGGCUUGUGUGGAAACUUUGACAGUAAUAAGAACAACGAGUACCUGUUACCAAACGGCAAGGAAACAAAAGAUCUGAAAACGUUUGUAGCUGCAUGGAAAGUAGCUGUUCCUGGUGUUGUGUGUGACGAUGGCUGCAUUGGGGAUUUCUGUCCAAAGUGUCCUGAAGAUAAGAAAAUUACCUUUGAAAAGGACUGUAGUAUUAUCACCAACCCCGAAGGUCCAUUCGCUGCUUGUCACGGUGUCAUUAACCCUGAAUCCUACCUCAAAGAUUGUGCCUUUGAUGUCUGCAUGGGUGACGGAAAUCGAAAGAUGCUCUGUCAAGACAUUGCUGCAUACAUGAGUGCCUGUCAGGAAGCAGGCGUUAACGUUAAAAACUGGAGGACACCAACAUUUUGUCCCUUUACCUGUCCUGAGAACAGCGUCUAUGAUAUCUGUACAAAGCCGUGCGACGCAGCUUGUCCUGGCCUUUCUGAGAUAAUGAAGUGUGAUGUAAAGAGCUGUGCGGAAGGCUGUAUGUGUAACGCUGGAUUCUUUAACAAUGGGACUGGCUGUGUUACAGCAGGUCAGUGUAGUUGUUAUGAGAAUGGACACACCUAUAAGAUUAAUGAGACUGUCAUCAUGGAAUCAUGCCAAGAAAGUUUGACUUGUCUUCCCUCUGGAAAAGUAAUACAUAAAUCCAUAGAAUGCAGUUCUAUUGAAGUGUGUGAAGUAAAGAAUGGAGUUCGUGGCUGCUAUCCUAAACCUAACGCUUCACCAGGUAUCUGCUGGGUCAUGGGAGAUCCACACUACCGUACUUUUGAUGGCGAGUACUACAACUUCAUGGGCAACUGUACAUACAUCAUGGCUAAAAACUGCCAAGAAGACAAGGACCACCCAGCAUUCGAAGUCCAGGCCAUGAAUAAACACACUGGAAGCUCAAAAGGCACCAGUGUCAGUCAAGUCAUCAUUCAAGUCUAUGGUCAAACCAUUACCAUUGUCCAACAUGAGAAUGGGCUUGUCAGAAUCAGUGAUUCACUCUGGUAUCUUCCAAUCUCCCUGGACAAUGGCAAAGUGACUCUUCAGCAAAGCGGCCUGUCAGUCAUCGUCAGCACAGACUUUGGACUGUCAGUGCAGUAUGACUGGGAUCAGUAUUUGGUGGUGAAAAUACCAGUUAGUUUUACAGGAAGGAUGUGUGGCAUGUGCGGGAACUUCAAUGGAAUUAAGGGCGAUGACCUUACCACUCCUAGUGGCAGUGAGGCGGGCAGUAUUGUCCAGCUGGGAAAGAGCUGGAGGGUACCAGGUGCUGUGGGUGAAGCCUAUUGUACAGAUGAUUGUGUGGGUGCGUGUGAGAGCUGUCAGGGAGAAUCAUGGAUCGAACGUUUAGCAGCAGAGUCCUUCUGUCACUUGGCCACCAUUCUGACUGAUGGUCCAUUCCGGGAUUGCAACUCUCUCAUCAACCCCAAGGUUUUCUAUGAAAAUUGUCUGCAGGACUUCUGCAUGGGAAAAGGUUUUAAGAAUUUUCUGUGUAAAACAGCACAGAUUUAUACAGAUGCUUGUCAGCGAGCUGGUGUUCGUGUGCACGACUGGAGACACCUCAUUGGCUGUCCUAACCCUAACUGCCCUGCAAACAGUCACUUUGAGUCCUGUGCCUGUCCUGCUACCUGUGAGAAUCCCACUCCUUCUGCUGCAUGUAAAACAAACUGUGUAGAAGCUUGCACUUGUGAUGAGGGAUACCUGUGGAGUGGAAACAAGUGUGUUCCCAAGAAUCAGUGUGGCUGUGUGUACAAAAGUGGAAGUGAGCAGCGUUACCUACAGGCUGGAGAAUCCAUCUGGGCUGAUAACAACUGCAGCAAAAACUGCACCUGCAACCCAACAAACGGCAAAAUUAUUUGUGAAAAUGCACAUUGCCCAGUUGGAACAGCAUGCAGUGUUCAUGAUGGGAUCAGAGCCUGCCAACCAGUCUCUCAAGCCACCUGUAAUAUCUACGGAGAUCCUCACUACAACACCUUCGAUAACGGCACCUACAACUUCCAGGGCACUUGUACGUACACUGCGGCUAAGGGUUGCCACCUGGACGGAACAAAACUCAUUCCGUUUUCAGUUGUAGUGGAGAAUGAGAAAUGGACUGAAAUCCAAGCCACUCCUAAUGUCUCCAUGGCCAAGGUGGUCGUUGUGGAGGUCUACGGCUUGACCAUAAUCCUGAGAAGAAAUCAGCUACAUCAGGUCAUGGUUAAUGGCAUCUUAACUAAUAUACCUAUAAGUCUUAAUGAAGGCCAAGUGAUAAUCCAGCAGGUGGGCUACUACAAUGUAAUCAUGACAAACUUUGGACUAAGAGUGGCCUAUGACAUGGUUUACCACGUUCUCAUCACAGUCCCCAGCACUUACCUUGGAAAGACCUGUGGCAUGUGUGGUAACUAUAACGGUAAUAAGAACGACGAGCUCCUGCUGCCAGAUGGGAAAGCAGUAGAAAAAUCAGAUAUAAAGACAUUUGGAGCGGCUUGGAAAGUGGCUGUCCCCGGCGUCGUGUGUGAUGACGGCUGCAGUGGUGAUUACUGUCCAAAAUGUGCAGAAGAUCAGAAAGUUGUAUUUGAAAAGGAAUGCAGCAUUAUUACCGACCCUGAAGGACCAUUCGCUGCAUGUCACAAAGUAAUUGACCCUCAAUCCUACUACAGAGACUGUGUUUUUGACGUCUGUAUGAGCGAGGGAGAUCAGCAUAUGCUGUGCCACAGUGUCGCUGCGUACAUGACUGCCUGUCAGGACUUUAAAAUUCCUAUUAAAAACUGGAGAACGUCAACAUUUUGCCCUCUGAAAUGCCCUGAAAACAGCGUUUAUGAAAUCUGCGCAACAGGAUGUGACACACCAUGUCCUGGCCUCAGUGAUGUCAUGAAAUGUAAUAUUCAGACCUGUGUGGAAGGCUGUAGGUGUAAACCUGGAUUCUUCAGCAAUGGCACAGGUUGUGUUAAAGAGGAUCAGUGUAGCUGUUAUGCGAACGGAGUCACUUUUAAGAUUGGCGAGGUUGUUGUCCAAAAAGGUUGUCAAGAAAAACUGAUAUGUCAGAAGAAUGGUAUAUUGAAAUACGAAAGCAUGAAAUGUAAAGCUGAUGAAAUCUGUCAGGUAGAGAACGGUGUCACUGGAUGUUACCCAAAACAGUGCAAGCUGGAGACCCCAGGGUCCUUCACCCUUUUCAAUGGAUCAACCUGGAGCAUCCCAUCUAUGGGAGCCUAUGACUUGGUGAACGUAUGUGAUGAUAUCGUUAUAGGGAUUUGGUUCCGUGUGGUGGCCGUGUUGCAAGAAAGAAACGGAGUCCUCACUACUGCAGCAGUUCAUAUCUUCUUUGAAAAUGUUCUUGUCACCGUUACCAGCCAAAAUGACAUUUGGUUCAACGGCAAAAAGAUGACCGUGCCUUCUCUGGAAAUGAACGAGGUGAUCGUUCAGGUCGUCGAUCAGACAGUGAUCAUUGAGAAGAACUCUGCCAUGAGAUUGUCCUACAGUCAAUCACAGGAGGUCAUCAUCACAGUGAGCAAAGGAAUGGCUGAUAAAGUUUGCGGUGCUUGUGGGAAAUUAAGUGGCUCUAUUUCCGGAGAAAGCGUCAUGUUCUAUAUGGAUCAGUACAGAGCUCCUGAUUUUCCCACUUGCAUUUCAUGAUGAGGAAAGAACUGCUUAAAGACUCUGGAGGCUGACUCUAGAGUCUCCAAAGACUCUGGAGCAUCAAUCAAACAAAAAAUCUCUGAUAAUAUACCACAUGAUUUCUUACAUGAUUCUCUGAAAUGAUAAAUUAUAUAUAUAUAAUAUUCUCUGAAAUUGUGACUCAAAAUCAAAUAAA